UGAAAUGAAAUGAAUACAAAAUUUGAGAAACCGUCGGCAAAGUAUUUCGUUGGCACGUGUAAAUUUUAAUUUCGGGUUAAAUUUUUUUAAUAAUUAAUCAUGGCCGUUGGUAAAAAUAAGGGUCUUAUUAAAGGAGGCAAAAAGGGAGUUAAGAAGAAGGUUGUUGAUCCUUUCACCAGAAAAGACUGGUAUGAUGUAAAGGCUCCAGCCAUGUUUAGUGUGCGCAAUGUGGGGAAAACUCUUGUUAAUAGAACACAAGGCACAAAAAUUGCUUCAGAAGGAUUGAAAGGUCGAGUUUUUGAAGUAUCCUUAGCUGAUCUUCAAAAUGAUGAGAUUGCAUUUCGCAAGUUUCGUUUAAUAGCUGAAGAAGUACAAGGCCGAAAUGUGUUGACAAAUUUUCAUGGGAUGGAUUUGACAACUGAUAAACUGAGAUCUAUGGUAAAAAAAUGGCAAACAUUAAUUGAAGCCAAUGUGGAUGUGAAGACCACCGAUGGAUACUUGCUGAGAAUGUUUUGCAUUGGGUUCACGAAGAAAUGGGCAAAUCAAGUUAAAAAAACUUGCUAUGCUCAACAUUCACAGAUCAAAAUGAUUAGAAAAAAAAUGACUGAAACAAUGAUCCGAGAAGUAUCAUCUUCGGAUCUUAAAGAAGUGGUCAACAAAUUGAUACCUGACAGCAUUGGUAGGGAUAUAGAAAAGGCUUGCCAAGGCAUCUAUCCACUUCAUGAUGUCAUGAUUAGAAAAGUGAAAGUUCUAAAAAAGCCAAAAUUUGAUGUUGGCAAGCUGAUGGAACUCCAUGGAGAAGGAACUAGUAAAACUUCUGCAGCACCUGCAAAGAUUGGAGAAGAAGGUACUAAAAUAGACAGGCCUGAAGGUUAUGAACCUCCUGUGCUAGAGUCAGUGUAAAUGUUAUGUAAAAAAAGAAAAAAAUAUUAAAAAAUGUUAUCUUUUA